UCAGUCAAUGUACAGAACAACAUUGGGCGAACAUCUAGAUUGCUCGACAGCCUACAGCAAAGAAAAGAAUAACAUCGAUAUGUUACAUAUGGACCACGUUAAUGCUAUCGCUUUAAACAAAAUAUCUUAUUAUUCCUUUAAAUUGCCGAUAUUUGUUGCACUACUUUUAGUGAGGAAUGGAAAGGAGAAAGCUUCUGAAGAGCUAAUUAAUAUAUGUAUGAAUUUUGGCAGACUGGUGCAAUAUCAGGAUGAUUACAUGGACGCCUACGGCAACGAAGUCGUCACCGGCAAAACUGGCAGAGACAUUCAAGAAGGCAAAUGUUCCUGGGUAACAGUAACAGCGCUGCAGCACUGCAACGACGCACAACGUUCUAUCUUCAAACAAUACUACGGCAGCAACGACCCAGAGCACGUGAAGCGCAUCAAGCGGCUUUAUGAUGAAGUGCACCUGCCUCAGCUGUAUGAAGCGUGUGAACGAACCGCUCAUGAUGAUAUAGUGCGACAAAUACAAGCUAUUGAACAUGAAGGAGUGAGGAAUUUUCUCUUUGAAGUUUUGAAUGUUACAUAUAAACGAGUCUAUUAAUACUAUACAGUUUUUAUGAAGGUACCUAUAGGUA